AUGCAACACAGCCAGCAGGAGAUCGAAGAAUUCGCCGAAGAAACGUUGAAAGUGUACAUGUGGAACUUUACGUCUGAGGAGUCAUUGUCUCAGAUUGUCAUGUAUGAUAAUGCAAUGAAAGAAAAUAAAAAAAUGGAAAGUAUAUUCUCUUUCUACCAAAUGGAUGAAAUGGAGUUAUUUUUGGCAUCCGAAGAAGCCAUAUCAACGAUGAUUUUUGGCUUGAUAAAAGUUUCUCCCUGUGAUAUAUUUUAUUUAGAAUUGUCAGAGAAUCGCAGAUAUAAGUUGCCAUUCAUCAAAGGAAUGUUUAUUGAUAACUGCUGUGGGAUCUGCUUGGAAGAUUUCCAAAACAAAUCAUUCGUGUCGGGAUUGAAGUGCCUCCAUAGUUUUCACUUCGACUGCAUCAAGGAAUGGUUGGAAAGGAAAUCGUCAUGUUCGACCUGCAGAAACGAGAUAUCCACAAAUCUGGCCAUCGAACGUUCGAUUGAAGUGACAGAGAAGAAUGGAAGUACAUGCCUGAAACUUUCCAUUGUGACAUCACCUAAAGUCAACGAUUUAAUCUUUGAUGACUAA